CUACAUAACAUGUUUUUUUUUUUUUAAUUAUAAGCAUAAAAAGAUCUCUAACUUUUGAAUAAAAUAAUGAAGUUUCGUGGAAAAAUCAUUGAUUCACAUUGCAUGAAACAGUUCUACAGUAUUGUUAUUAUUUUAUCCAAAUUAUGUAGAAAUGUAGUUUUGAGACUAAGUUCUACUAAAUUAUACUUAAUUGCUUCAAAUGAAUCAAGCAGUAAUCAAAUUAGUGUUUGGUCUGUAUUAGACCAGCAAUCAUUUUUUAAGGACUAUGAUAUGAUUGGUGAAACAGAAUCUAAUGAAAUUUUAUUCAGUUUACCAAUUGAUAUGCUUGCAUCUUCAUUGAGUUCAGCAAAACAAACAAACUUGAAAACUCUAAAGAUGAAACUUACUGAUAAACUAUCUCCUUGUCUAACUAUUGAAUUGGAUCUGGAGUCUCAAGUAUCUAGUAAACAGUUGUGUACUCAUGAUAUUCCAGUUACUGUUAUACUCCCAAAAGAUUGGUCAGAAUAUAAGGAACCAACCAUACCUGCUCAUAAUAUUAGUGCUGUUAUGCCUUCAAUACGAGUUGUACGGCAUAUCGUUGAUAAGAUGAAACGUAUUAGUCCCAGGUUAAUGGUAUCAUUGGAUGCUUCUGGAAAAAUGGUUUUAGGAGUUUCAAAUUUAUCAGCCACAGUCGACACACAUUUUAUGGGUCUUGAGAUAGUUAAUGUACAAAAUUCAACUGAUAAAGAAAAUAAAUAUUCUACCAUAGUUGAUAUUAAAAAGUUUUCACAAUUUUUAAAUUGUGAAACAUUAAACUUAUCAAAAAUAUUAUGUCAUGUAGUAGAAGGACUGCUAUUACAUUGCUCAAUUGAAGAAGAUGAAUAUGUAUUACAUUAUUUUUUGAGUGGAAUUGAUGAUUAA